UUGGGAAGGUCAUCUUACAGAUCAUCCUCAACCUCCUGUUUCCUAUUUUUAUGGGUCCCUUUCUGCACCAUCAACAGACUGAGUGUGUUCAAGCUUUUGGCCAGUUUUGGUGGCAUGUGUUCUGCAGUCAUGGCAAGAGUCUGGUUAGCAUUUUGUCUACUGUUUUUCUUAUUUACAAGCACACCCUGUCUGGACGUGAGUCAAAUCCUAGUCCCUUCAAAUGAUGGAAUUUCUGGAGUGUUGUUAGUCCAAACCAAGACCAACAAGUACAGUUUUAAUGCCACCACAGCGCAUGAGGCAUGUGAGGCUAUUAAAAUGAGAAUUGCAAAGCUAGCUGAAGUGGAGACAGCUAACCAAAAUGGCUUACAGACAUGCAGGUUUGGUUGGAUCGAAGAGCGAAUUGCAGUUAUUCCUCGAAUUGAGAGAAAUGAAAAAUGUGGUCGAAACAGUUCAGGCGUUUCUGUUUGGAGAGCUGACAUCAGCACAAAGUUUGAUGUUUAUUGUUUUAAACCAGCGGGUCCUGAUGGAUCAUUUGAAACAACAUCAAGCAGGCCUCAACCUACAACAGGAGGAAGAACACCAUCAAACAAGCAUUAUUUCACUGAAACAACCCAUCCAUCAUCUAUUAAGUCAACUACUUCACCUGCCUACACAUCCACCCCAUCCAUUUCCUUUGCUUUCAACACUUCCUCCACAACAUUUAUAACACUUAGUCUUUCUGACAUCAGUGAAAGUUCCCAGGCAACAACAAGCCCUCUGUCUCUUUCAGAACUUCCAGAAUCUUCCAGAACCUCGCCCAACUUCUCAACCUCAUCCCCCUCGACUUCCUCUUAUUCAUCCGUUCAUUUUCUUUUUCAGCAUACUUUAACUUCCACAGGUCAGCCUGCACUGUCCCAGACCACUACACCUCACAGAGCAUCCAGAGCAACUCCCAAAACAUUUGUCAUCAUUUCUUUUGUGCUACUGCUCUUGUUGGCAGCGGCAGGUGCAGCUUGGUACCUCAAAAUCAAAAGAAGACAACGGUUUCCAUCUUGGACUAGAAUGAGGCCAAAACAGAUUAUUGAAACGGAGAUGUGGAAACAAAUAAAUGAAAGGCAUUGUAUGCCAGAAAAGACCAGCAAAGACAACAACAAUAGGAAAUGUAACAACAUCCUCCUUCAAAUGGAACAAGACCCAAACUCUCCCUAAGAAAACACUGAACUUUGUAUUUAAAGAGAGAGAAAAAAAGUCCUGUCACUGUAUCUGCA